AUGCAGCCACACACUCCCACGUUUUCCGACGAGCGCUCAGAGAACAGCGUUGGGUUCAACAACGCCUCUCGCUACGGCCGAAGGGGUGUGGACUACAGCAAGUUCCGUACGCGGGUGUGCCGCAAUUUUUCGAUGGGGGUCCCUUGUCCGUUUGGCGAGCGCUGCGCAUUUUCCCAUGGCGAGCCUGAGGCAUCCGCGGUGCGCAUGGAGGAGACCGAACUGCCGCCGCCGCCGCCAUACUCGGAAGCCCACCAGACGGAAAUGAUGCUGCCCCCCGCCUACCCGUCGCGAUUCCGUCACGAUCCCUACAACUUCAAUGGAGUGUUGUUCGAAAACUAG